CAAAAUUGGCAUUGUGAAAUCCGUAGAUGAUCCUGAGAGGCUGAGACUGAGUGCUGUUAUUUGUAUCUUAUGUAAAAGGUUUCUUUGUUUUACUCAGUUGAAUUUUUAAGAAAGAGUUGAUGAUCUAAUAGAGUCUAAAGGUGGGAAAAAGAAGUCCAACAGUAUAUCGUCAUUAUAUGAAGCUUCAUUUGGUUACAGCAUCGAGGACAUUCGACCGAACGGAGGCAUCAAGAAGUUUCGAUCUGCUGCAUAUUCCAACUGUGCUCGCAAGCCAUCCUGAGAUUCCUAAAUUGGUGCCCUAGUUUACAAAAUUAGGUUUAGUUUUAGGUUUAUAGAAAUUACUCUUUUUCUUCAUAAGCCAAACUCUUCUGCACCUGCUCUAUUUGCUUCCCUAGUUAGUAAUACUUGAUGGAAAAUGGCUGCCCCUGUUUCUCCAAUUGGAUUCGAAGGUUUCAAAAAAUGGCUUGAAAUCUCCUUCACUGAGCCAAGCAUCUUUGCUGAUCCUGAUGGAAAGGGUCUUAGAUCUCUUUCCAAAGCUCAGCUGGAUGAAAUGCUAGAAUCUGCAGAAUGCAAAAUUGUUGAUUUAUUGUCCAAUGCCUAUUUCGAUUCAUACAUCCUUUCUGAGUCCAGCCUCUUUGUCUAUUCCUACAAGAUCAUCCUCAAAACCUGUGGCACAACAAAACUGCUUCUUGCAAUCCCUUCUAUACUCAAAUUGGCCGAGUCUCUGUCCCUUUCGGUGCAAGCCGUGAUCUACACUCAUGGAAGCUUCAUCUUCCCCGGAGCUCAGUCAUAUCCUCAUCGAUCUUUCACUAAAGAAGUGGCUCUCCUCGACACCUAUUUUGGUAAUCUCGGGCCAGAGGGUAGCAAAGCCUGUGUUAUUAGGAGUAAUGAUAAGCCACAGAAGUGGCAUGUGUACUCUGCUUGCUCGGCUCCUUCGAAGAAUUUCAAUCCCAUAUACACACUAGAGAUGUGUAUGACUGGUUUGGACAGUCAGAAGGCUUCGACUUUCUACAAGAAAGGCUCGACCUCUGCUGCAACGAUGACUAACAUCUCUGGUAUAAGAGCCAUCCUCCCUGCAUCCGUUAUCUGUGACUUUGAGUUCGAGCCUUGUGGCUAUUCCAUGAACUCCAUUGAAGGAACUGCUCUGUCGACCAUCCAUGUUACGCCUGAAGAUGGUUUCAGCUACGCGAGCUUUGAAACAGCUGGAUAUGAUUUGAAGCAUGGGAAUCUUGGAGUUCUGGUUGAGAGGGUGCUGUCCUGUUUCGAUCCCCGGGAGUUCUUUUAUUCUGUUCAUGCUGAAUACGGCACCAAGUUACUCGAUUCCAUCCCUGCCCUUGACGUAAAAGGAUACAUUGCUGAUGAACGAGUAUUUCAGGACUUAGGAAGUGGCGGAUCGAUCAUGUACCAGAAGUUCACGAGAUUUACAUCCUCCGAAUCUCCCGUCGUCGCGUCAACGAAGAGCUGCAAACCAGUGAAGGAAUGAAGAGAAAGAAGGCUCCCUUUCAGGUAAAAUCUGUUUACAAUAGAACUAUGAUCUUGUUUUGGUUUGGAGUAAUGUUAUGUGAUAUAUGUUGUAAAUUUGUAAUGCCAAAAUAAUUCCCCUGCUGUAUUUGUUGCCUAUGUCAAUAUUGAAUAAAUUGUGUGAAAGUUUCAGGGAAAGCCACAAAAUUUGUUAUAUA